UGAACAGAGCCUGAAGAAGACCAUUUCCCUUCCGGUGAGAGCUGUGACUCCAGCAGCUGAUUAUCCAACCGGUCAUGGCGGAGAAAGGAGCAGAAGAGUCCGCUAAAGCCUCACCAUCGUCGGCAGAGAAGCUGCUUCCCCGCCACAAGCAGGAUCUGGACUACUGGAAGAGGAACGCAGCGCGCCUGCGCACAAGGAACCUGGGCACCGGUCUGCUGAUAGGCGCGUUUGUUGUCGGCAUGUCUGUUCAGUCAGCUACACCAUCCUGUCCGUCAAACAGGAGCGAGUCCUGGAGGAGCUGGACGACGAGGCCAGGGUCCGCAUCAUGAGAGUGCCUCCCACCGGAACCAACUCCUGAUCCAACUCCCGGUCCAACUCCUGAACCAGCCCACUCUCAGCCAUCUGGAACCAAGGCCUACACCAACUUUCCCCACAUCCCACCCCCAGGCCUACACAUGAAGCUCAGUGCAAGUUAUUUCACUCCGCAGCUGCAAAUAAUCAGCUCAUCAACAUUUCCUCAGUGGGGCAAAGUCACUGACACAAGCACUGCAGGUUCCUCAAGCUCUCAUCAGAGAGCAGGAAUAUACUCUUUGCUGAGCAGCUCAAUCUAAUCUAUAAACAGCCUAUUUCAAAAGUGAAUGUAAAUGUGGUCCAAUUUAAACAUUGAAUAUCAUGUAUUUUUACAUUAUCACUGUUUGUCACCUGAGUCAAUAAUCAUGCAUGCAGCAAAAUACAAGACCCCCCUUCUCAUGUUACCAUAAGUUAUUGUGACGAUUUUGACGAAUAUUGCAAUUGUGUUAUCAAGGACGUUCUUAGAGAGGCGGACCAUUGUUCUCAUUGUAAUAUAAAAAUAUAUUAUAUAUUAACCAAUGUAUUAUGUUGACGUUUAACCCGUUGGUACUGUUUAGGUUCGAAUAAAAUAAAAACAGUCAAUUCACCUUCCUUAA